GUGAAAAUCUAUUGUGGCAACGCUGCAAUUUAUCGAUUUCUUUCAAAUGACAUGACAUUAAUGACAUGACAGUGACAUUGACGUUUCGUACUAACUAACCUCAAUUUUCACAAUUGAGUUUUCAAAGAUUUCACUAAAGUUUAGCAAGUUUUUGCGAUGAUACACAGCUUAUUCAUAAUAAAUUCACAAGGUGACGUUUUCUUAGAAAAACACUGGAGGAGUAUAAUUCCAAAAUCAGUAUGUGAUUACUAUUUAGAAGCUCAAAGAGCUAAUGGAAACGAUAUCAAUCCCGUUAUUGCAACUCCUCAUCACUAUUUGAUAUCUAUACAAAGAGGCGGUGUUAGUUAUGUGGCUGUGUGUAUGGAGGAAAUACAGCCCCUAUUUGUGAUAGAAUUUUUGCACAGAGUAGUAGAUAUUUUCCAAGAUUACUUUUCAGAUUGUACUGAGUCGAUAAUUAAGGAAAACUACGUUGUAGUGUACGAGCUUUUAGAUGAAAUGUUGGAUAAUGGAUUUCCUUUAGCUACAGAAAGUAAUAUUCUUAAGGAGCUGAUCAAACCUCCAAAUAUUUUAAGAACAAUAGCCAAUACUGUUACUGGCAAGACUAAUGUAAGCGAUAUACUACCAACAGGGCAAUUAUCUAACAUCCCUUGGAGAAGAUCGGGUGUUAAAUACACCAAUAAUGAGGCUUACUUUGAUGUUAUCGAAGAAGUCGAUGCUAUCAUAGAUAAAUCGGGCUCAACCGUGUUUGCUGAAAUUCAAGGAUAUAUUGAUUGUUGUAUCAAAUUGAGUGGCAUGCCAGAUUUAACGUUAUCAUUCGUUAAUCCAAGAUUAUUUGAUGAUGUUAGUUUCCAUCCGUGUGUUAGAUUUAAGCGAUGGGAGGGUGAAAGACUACUUUCGUUUAUUCCUCCAGAUGGUAAUUUCAGACUGAUGUCUUAUCACAUUAGCAGCCAGAGUGUUGUAGCUAUACCAGUGUACGUCAGGCACAACCUCUCGAUCAAAACUGGAGAACAAGCAAGAUUGGAUUUAACUGUAGGCCCUAAACAAACCAUGGGCAGAACUGUAGAAGGUGUUAAACUGGAAGUAUUGAUGCCGAAAUGCAUUUUGAAUUGCGUUCUAACUGCUAAUCAAGGAAAAUACAAUUUUGAUCCGGUGUCUAAAGUAUUGCAUUGGGAUAUUGGGAAAAUUGAUGUUACAAAACUACCCAAUAUUAGGGGAUCUGUUUCCUUGGCUACUGGCUCGAAUACUGCAGAAAUUAAUCCAUCGAUCAACGUCCAUUUCACGAUUAGUCAACUUGCCGUUAGCGGUCUUAAAGUGAACAGAUUGGACAUGUAUGGCGAAAAGUACAAACCUUUUAAGGGAGUAAAAUACAUAACAAAAGCCGGCCGAUUCCAAGUUAGAAUGUAGUUAUUAUCAUGACUCUUUUUUACGAUUCUUAUAAUAUAUUUUUUUAUUAUCCUAUAAUACAUAUUUAUCUGAUGUUGUUAAUAUUAUUUUACGUUAUUUCUGAUGCUUUGUGUACAAUGAAAUGUUAGGCAUGUAUUCAAAACACACAGGGGAAAGUCGUUAAGUUUCCGUCAGUAAAUCAUUAAAGAUAACAGUGGUUGACAAUCACUGGAUAAUAGUGUUAUUGCACUAAAGCAAAUAUUUUGCAAGUGCAUUUCGCUGCAUAACAAUUUUUGGAUUCGUUGACUUAAGGAUUUCUCCUCCAUUCGUUUAAAAUUAUGUUUAAAUAAUCAUCAAAAUCACCGAUCUCUUUGUAAUGGUUCAAAUUUUCAGCCUAACUGUAAUUUUUUAAAAAGAUAUUUCAUGUUGAGUGAUUGUUUCAUUACAGAGUCUAAGGCCUAACAUUUUUAUCAUACCU